AUGUGUCAUUUUGUUGUUGGCUUUUACUCACCGGGUGCUGUGGAGGGAGCAAUCAGGAACUUUCCUCAAUCUGCGAUUGGCGAUCCCAACAAUCUUGAUGCCAUGGGCCUCUUAGCCAUGGAAGCCACUGUAGAAAAAGUUCGUGAUGGAAGUUCACUUCGUGUUUAUUUGCUUCCAGAUUUUCAGAUUGUCCAAGCACCAUCAAUGGGGAGAAGUACAACACGAGAACCUACAAUACCAAUUGAGGUCCCAUCCGAAGAGACAAAUGGAGAAAAUAAUAAUUCAGAAUCACGUAGGCCCUUAACAUCAACCGAAAGAAUCUUAGCCUCAUCAGGCUUCAAUGAAGUGUCCCCUGGUCCUUAUGGGAGGGAAGCUAAACAUUUUACCGAGAUCCGUGUUCAAAACAGAGAUGGCGUUGACAAGUUUAGCAAUCUGAUUGGUUCUUUAUAUUACUCUGAUGGAGAAUCAGCAAAGGAUCUGGCAAUGGAGCUUAUUAAAAUCGGAUAUGCAAAAUAUGUUGAGUGGAGUGCGUGUAUUAUGGAAGAUGAAGCCAGGAGGAAGUUAAAAGCUGCAAACCUUCUAGCAAAGAAGACUAAGUUGAGGCUUUGGACAAACUAUGUUCCUGCAACUACUAAUUCCAAGGCCAUAUCAGAUAACUUCACUAGAAAGGUUUGUCUUUAA